UCAAACCCUUCCCCUAAAAUGGUUGUAUUUGGAUCUUCCAGUGCUAAUAGCAGCUACCCUUACUGUUGUGGCAAUAACUAUUCCAGUUUUGACCCUCUCAGCUGCUGCUCAUAUCAGACAACUGGAUUCUCAGCGCCACUAUCAGCACAAGAUCCAAACAGCCAAAUAAGUUUGCAGAAGUCAUACCAGCCCCAGAACAAAACCUAUCCUAGCUAUUGGGGCUGCAGUCCUGAAACAAACGACUUUUCCUUCACGUUCCCGUUUCAACUCGGAACAUCCGGCCAAUCGAGUUCGUAUGACCCUAGGAAAGACGGAGUUGUGCUUAACCCAGCCGAGAACGAACUGUGUAAAGUGUGUUCUAGUUUUGCAUCUGGGGUGCAUUUCGGCGUGCUGACGUGCGAGGGCUGCAAAGGUUUCUUCAAGAGGAACCACCGGAACGAGGACUGGCGGCGGCUGAAGUGUGCCAAGGAGGGCAGUUGUGGGGUGAGUGAGAACACGAGGAACAUGUGCAGGUUCUGCAGAUUCCACAAGUGUCUACAAGUCGGCAUGUCCAGAGACGCCAUCAAGCUCGGAAGAAGAUCUAAAAUGGACAAGCAGAAACUUUUUUCAUCUUCUUCUUCGUCAUCGUCUUAUUCAUCUUCUUUCAAUCGAUCUUACCAACAACAGCGGGACAAUCAGAUUGCUCAUUUCCAGUCCAACCACAUGCAAUCUAUCCAACAAACCAACAACUUCAAUAUUUACAACAUACAACCAACUCACAACAACGUAUUUUUCAACUACAACCAACCAACAUUUGAUCACGUGCCCUCCUAUAUGAACAGUUGCAAUUUCACAACACCAAAUAAAAAUGUUCAGCCCGCCGCCGAGAAAGAGAUCAGCUCGACGAAUAACGGAUUCAUGAACUUUUUAUCAACAGCUUUAUAUUGAAAGUCAAAAAUCGAUCCAGGUUUUUAGUUGACCUCUUCAUUUUUUGAA